GGGCGGGGAGAAGUCGCCGGCCCUCCGAGCCGGCCCGGGGCUGGCGGUGCGGCGUGCCCGGGGUUAGGGGGGCGCGGCGAGACAGUCUGCGGCGCUCAGCCGUUUCAGUCCUCGCGCGGCAGCAGCUCCCCCUCCACCGCCGCGAAGCCCCGCGCUGUGGGUGCAGCGAUGCUGGUGCUGGUGCUGUGCGCGGCCGUGCUGGCGGGCGGCGGGGCCCAGGACGACGACUGGAUCGAUCCUACGGAUAUGCUCAACUACGACGCGGCGUCGGGAACGAUGAGAAGGCCUUACAAGGUAAACUAUCAUGAUUCUGAGGAUAAAACAGUGGAUGGAAUCAUCAGUGAAAACUUAUCAAGUUGUUCCAGGGAAGUGGAUUCUUUGCAGCAGAAGAUUGCGGAAUGCGAGAAGAGGAACGCCAAAUCUCAUGAAAGCCGGAGCUUUUAUAUUUUUAAGCGGUACUUGAAUAAGAUUUUAAAUGAAGCCAGAAAACUUGGCCUUCCCGAGGGAAACACGGACCAAGUGCAUUACGAUGCCGAGAUUAUCCUUACAAAGCAGACGCAUCUGGAGAUCCUCCGGUUCCUGCAGGAGGAAGCGUGGCAGUCAGGUGCUGUGGAUGACGCGCUUAGCAAUAUUUUGAUCAAUUUUAAGCACCACGAUUAUAAUGCUUGGCACUGGAGAUUCGAAGACACCUUUGGAAUUGAUCUGUAUAAUAUGUUUAUGAUACUCUUGUGCUUAGUGUGUGUUGUGGUUAUAAUAGCUACAGAGCUGUGGACACGUAUCCAUUGGUUUGUUCAGCUGAAACGUAUUUUACUAAUAAGUUUUCUCAUCAGUUUUGCAUGGAAUUGGCUUUACUUAUAUAAGCGGGCUUUUGCACAGCAUCAAGCAGAAAUUGCCAAAAUGGGGCAAUUUGAUAACAUCUGUGCUGAGAAGUUGGACUGGAGAGAGAGCCUUAUUGGAUGGCUCAGAAGACAGUGGACAUAUCAGGACGAUCCCUGUCAGAAGUACUAUGAAACUCUGCUAGUAAACCCUGUUUUGCUGGUUCCACCAACAAAGGCAUUGGCUAUUACUUUUACCACCUUUGUAACUGAGCCUUUGAAGCAUGUGGGACAAGGUAUUGGUGAGUUCAUCAGAGCGCUUAUGAAGGAGAUACCACUGAUUCUGCAGGUUCCGGUGCUAAUCAUGAUGGCUCUGUUCAUUCUGGCUUUCUGCUAUGGUGCAGCAUCAUCAGUGUCUGUGAUAAGAUGUUUAAUGCCUUCUCAGAAGAAGAGGCUUCCUCUACCUGACAGCCAGCGGGAGGAAAUAGACUUCAGCCAGUAUGAUGGGAGUAAAUCCGAUGGCUACUAUUCACAGAAGACUCCUAGCAUUUACAGAGGUCCAUACGACAGAGAUGUUCAAAUGAAACCUGGAAGUAGCAGCAGCAGUCCUGAUGUGCUACAUGCGAGUGCCGAGCCAGAUACGCAAGUAGAAGAUGCUCAAAAACCAGAAGCUGGUAAUAGAUUGCACACUGAAGCUGAAGUUAGUAGACUAGAAACUUCUCCAGCUGCAACCCUUACCGGAGAAAAGGCACUAGAGCAUGAGAAGCAGCGGACAGAUAAAGAGCAAGAGACUGGAAAAAACUGUGAUCCUAACAGAAACGUGGAAGAACAAAGUUGUGCAGCAAGACCAGCUGAAGAGAGGAAGAGCAGUACGUGCGAGUCACAGGAAGGAGACUGAGGAGUCCCCACGCUCUGUGCAAACAAAAAUGAAACUUAAGAUGCUACUGUACAGUAUGAGCCUGUGCAUCUCCUCAGCUAGAACUUGGUCCUUUAAUAGCAGAGGGUAAGUGGACUCUUUGUUCAUCCAUUCUCUUAGCUUGGGAUCGUACAAUGAGGCUGAAAAAGUCCUCAUCUGGUACAGUUGGUCCUUUUGCAGAUGAUGGAGGAGCACAUCUUUGAUCGUCCAGUCUCGAACCCUAUAGACAGACCAAGCAGUAAGGCUGUACGACUGUGUAAUAAUGAAAUAAGCAAACAACAUAAGUGGAAAAAAUGACUAAAAGCUUUUCUUUUCACAUUUAAAACUGUAGGCUUUGUUUCAAGAUUAUGACUUAAUAGUUCUCAAAUGAAAUGAUUAUGUUAAAACUUCAAGCAUAGUUUUCCUAACCUUUACUUAGCUGUUAAAAAAAACAGCAGUAAUAGAAAAGCUGUCCUUCCUUUCACUGCUAAGGGAGUGAAAAAGAGCAACUGGGCUGUGAGAUGUUGGAAAAUCUGGAGACUAAGCAGACUGAUACAUUGUAAUGACAGUGUUGCAGAGCAGUUGAGCUGUUUCUGUGCUAUUUCACAGCAACUUGAGCAGGGUCAGGCUGUCACACUGUGGCCUUGGACUGUCACCUUUGAGACACAAGUGUCAAAGUCAGCUCCCCUUCUGCGUAUCUGCAUAAAGCAGUACCAGAAGACGGGACUGAAGUUUUCCAUUCCUUUCUCCUUUUAUGUUACAGAUUUGUUAUACACAGUACACGAUAUUUAUUAUAUUAAUGUCUAGAUUAUUUGCUUUGACUUGGAAAAUUAGCCAAGUUUUUAAAACAGAAGAUGAUAUUUCAUCAGGUUGAUGAACGCUGUAAUUCUAGACUCAAUGCCAGGUGUUGCUUCCCAUGAAAGCUUAAUACAGCUUAACUUUGAAGUACUCAGGAGCAGAAUUUUUUUAUUUGGAGAUCCAUAAAUAAACUGUCAGGUAAAAUACCAAGUCUUGUUCAUUAAAUUAUUUUGUCCAGUUGGUAUGUAUACUGUGCUAUCCUUGGCAGGAAAACCACUUGCGUAUACGGUGAAGUAUUGGUUACCAUAACUUUAAUGAUGAUCAUUAAUUGCCGCCGAAACUUCAAUACUGAAUUUUCAUUUGCUGAGUUAGAAUUCCUGGUAUAUCAGGUGUCCAGUGAACAAAGCCAGCUCCGAACACACUGACACACUCAUUUGUUUUCCCUCAGUUUCAACAUCCCUCCAGCUCAUCAUUGGUCCUUAAGUUGGUUAUCAUAAGUAUGAAGAUCAACACGAUAACUUCCAGCCACUGGUUAUUUAAUAUAUAUAUGAACAUUUUAUAUUUAUGCUAUAUACAAAUUAUUUCUGUUCAUAUAACAUUUAAUAAUUCAUAUACUAUAAUAAUUAUAUAAUUUACUGUAUGAUAUAUUAUUAUAUAUUUAACAAUGCUAUUUUACAAUUAUUAAUAUUAACAUUAUAUUCUGUAUUAUAUAUUACAUUAUAUACUAUAAUAGCAUAUUACUACUACUUUAGAAUUGCAAUAUACUAUGUUAAUAUAUAUUAUACAUUUAAAUCAAUAAUGUUAUAACUGUACAUUACAUACAUAUGAAAUAUAUUAAGUAUAUAAUAAUAAAUAACGAAUACAAUACAUUUAAUGUAUUUAAUAGCAUUAUAUUAAAUAUGUUGUUUGUAUAUAUUAUCUAAUAUAGAAUUUAAUAUAUACUUAAUAUUAACGUAAGUAUAUAAGAUAUAUUAAAUAUAUAUUAAAUUGAUUGUCCAGUGGCUGUAAGUAUAUAAACAUAAACAUAAGACCAUAAAUGAGGCCACGCAUAAGAAUGUAUGUGUACAUAAAAAUGUAUAUAAUCAGGCUGCAUGUAGGAAUAUAUAGGAGUAUAUAUAUUAAAAUAUGUAUAAAUAUAUGUUCAUAGAUAUGACAUAAACAUAGUAUUUUACUUUCUUACAUAUAUGUUUGGUUUUAUUUUUUAACUUUAUGUCCUCAUCUACCAAAUCAAUCUUUAUCUUAAAACCUUUGUGCUAAGCCUGGAAGCCUUCUCAAAGAUGUUCAAUAGCAGGAUGCACAAAUCAAACCCCAGAAAUCUCACAGCCUUACCUGGCAUUUUAUUAAUAUAUCAAAGAAGUCCUCAUCUAGCUCUCUGUUGUUACUGGCCAUUAAGUGGCCCAGCACAGACGGACUGGUGCGGUGGUUAAGACGAAGGCCAGGCAGAUUGCUAAAGCUGGCACGUUGGUCGUCGAGGCGGCGGCUCUGUGAGCUCGCAAGUAAAUCCAGAAAUUCAUCAGUGUGGGGUGAGACUACGGAAGCAGAAAAGGCUAUAAGGGAAGAAGAAGGAAAACAAAUAAGCAUAGAAGUUCCUCUCCAUUCAAAUACAUUUUUAAAACAGCAUUUGAAAGGGAACUGAAGUCAGCUACAGAUCUUAAUUUUAAAAUUACAUUUUUGUAUUGUUUUAGGUGGAGUAGAGGAUGUUGCUACUGAAGCAGCUGAGAAUCUGUUCUUCUCCUGGAAGUGGCAUCUCUGAUCAUCCAUCCUGUUACUCUGGAAUCGGCUCAGCAGAUCAAAGAACCCUUCGUCUGCCACUGUUUCUCGACUGUUUCUCUGAAGAGGAGAAAAAAGUUAGAGGUACUUGGAACUGAGGAAGUACCUAAAAACUAGGGCAACUGCAGGGCAGUUUGAUUCCAGUAAUGUAUUUGUAGAUCUGAAAUUCAUUUAACUGAUUUUUUUAGUCACCCAUUCUUGUAGACAGAUUUAUCCAAAGAAGCCACAUUUAUAAUAUGGCAAAUGCUGGUUCUGGAAGGUAAAAUCUAGUAGAGACAUUUUGUUCUCAGUAAGAAAUGGUACUCUGGUUAGUGUAAGCCCACCAGGAACCCCACUGCCCAUAAGCCAUGAAAUUUCCAUUUGCUCCUUAGCUCUGUGUUCAAAACUGCUCUUCUCUCUGCGAAAUCAAAUGACUCCGUUUUUUUUUCUUUUUAUCAACUUCCAUGAAGAGUGCAGUAAUCUAAAAUACACAGUUAAUUAUAGCUUCCACUGUCUGAAUCCAAAAAGCUACAUUUUUUAAGUUAGGAGAAGCAGAGUCUGGGAGAAAUGCUAGAAAUGAAAUAUAUGCAAGCUGACCUGUAAUUUAGACAAUCCCUUAGGAAAAUGUAGCACUCCCAAAUAGUAGGAGAGGCUUACAGCUGUCACUACCCAGGAGACAGAAGGAGAAUGGCAGAUUCUACAUCAGCUUACAGUGUUUAACUCAAGUAUAUAAAUAGAACUAAAAAUGUUAUCUGUACAAACAUGUUUUCCAUAGUUUUAGUCACAUCAAGCUUAUGUGAAGUCAAGGUUAUGAUCUGUACAGGACUCCAAACCUACCCUCUGAGCGCUGGGAAGGCGGCUGUCAAUGGAAUUACUGGCAUCCUGCAGAACUUUGGAAGCGGUGCCAUUUUUGUACUUUUUGCCUUUGAGUCGAUUUACAAAAUGCAGUUUUGCUGAAGGUUUGGCAAUGAGUGGCUUCUGUUUAGCAAGAAUCUCACUGUUCCAGCUCUGAACCUAAAAAAAACCAACAACCAAGAACAUUUUCAUCAGAUAUUCUUUUAUUUCCUAUUUGUGUAUUCUUGUCCUCCCAAAACGAAACAGCUUUAUGCUAUUCAUUUUAUCCAACCAGUAGAACAUAAAAACUUAGGUUUUGCUUCUGUUACUUGACCUGUGAUUAUUGAGAUCUUGUUACCUGAAUCAGGUCACUACUGUUACUGAUCAAUCUUAUAAGUGAACCAUCAUCCAACAACUGAUUUGACUAAAAUGUGCUCAUGGCCUGUGUAAUCAAACAUGCUGAGGGCCAUGCAGAAACUGUAGGAAGAACGGAGAAAAUGCCAGCAAAAGAGCCAACAUGAUUAACUGUCUCAUUUCACUGAAAACAGCAGGGAUAGCUUUACCAGUCUGACAGAGUUCCCCUAAAUUUUCUUCUAAAAUCAGUGUCCCGUAAAUCUGAUAACUUCCUCUGCAAUAACAAACUUUUCUAAUCAGAAAAAAAAAAGUUCUUGACCCCGUGUCAGAGCUUGUAGCCACAAUCCAAUCUCAGCAAAAAAGAAUUCAUUCUAAAGCAUUAGAGGUCAACCCACGUUCCAGCUCCAAGACGACAGCAUCCUGUACAAUCAAACCAUACUGCUAGUGUACAUCGCGUUGUUCUACACAUUAAAGACACUUAGGGAGUAAACUUCAGAACCUUCUACGUAAAUGUCUUGAAAAGAGCCCUUUAUAAGAACAAAGCCACAAAACUAGGUUAAUACUUGAUUAUAAAAAUACACAUGAAGCAUUUGAGUAUAUUUAGGGCAGACAAUCACAGGCUACAUAUUUUAAAAGACAGCACAGACAAAUGGGUUCAGAGAAUAAGAAAAUACAGCUGAUACUGUGAAAAGCUUAAGGGUUCCCUGCAGGGAAAUCCAUCUGCAAUAAAACCCAGGAUCUUCAGAAAUCAGUAUCCAAAGCGGCGCUCAAAGUAACGGUGCUGCUGCAACUGCACCAGCUGUCACUGUGUAAGCUUUGAGAUUUCAUUUUGUAUUGUUGAACAUGGCAGUAUGCUUUGGCUCACUUGAAAAGAUGGGCAUUAGGUAUCCCAAUAUGCAGGGAAAAAAUAGCAAUUUCAGCUUCCCACUGGAAUCAUUUAUGUAGAACUGCCCGCUCAUAUUUAAAUUCUAAAGAGACUUCUCCUUGAAGACUGAGCUAAAGCUUUGGAGUUCUGUUUAGAAUCACCUUCUGCAUCACCCACAAACCACUCUUAAAAAAGCAAUUACAGGAAUUCUUUUGAUGUCAGUCAUCAUUUUUAACAUUCAACUCUAAUAAAAACCUUUAGAUUUCAUUGCAAUAUCAGCAGCAGAGCCAAAAAAAUAAAAGCACCAACCUUUUCUGGUGUUAAUUUCA